AUGCACAUUGCUCUACCAUUUGAGCUAAUAUGCGUUAACAAGCGUUUCAGAAAACAAAUGCAAUUGAACAACAAAGAACACUCAGUGCAAACAACCUCAACAUUCAGCUCUACGGUCCAAGCACAAAAAGACACAAAAGACCAGCAGGGGAAAAAAAGAAAAAAGGGCCUAAUAGAAGCAAGUCUGCAGCAAGAUACAGAACAAAAUCUCAAGUUGCAUCACUUUUCAAAAAUCAGGAGAGUGAUAACUUCUCAACAAGAUCAACAAGAUCAACAAGUGGAAAGUUCCAACAAUUGGAACAAAAACACAGUCAUGAUGAAGAGCAGAGAGAAAGAGUUCAAUGAAGAAGCUCGAAAGAAAGUAGAAGAGAUGAAGAACAAAGUCUAUUCCCUAAGAACCCAGAAGUUGGAGCUGGAUAGAAGGGUGUCAGAAAUGGAAUCGACAAUUUCAUCUCUCAAGGACGAAAGGAAGGUGAUAGAGUUGACAGUUGAGGAGAAAAAGAACAACAUUCAACUUCUAACAGCAGGAAUGGAUUCAGAUACCCCUCAAGUUACUGCUUUGAAAGACAUUAUAAAGAUGAAAGAUGCAGAGAUUGAAGAUCUGAAACUCCAGCUAGAACAACAAGAGGACACUGAAUAUCACGGCUGGGAUUAUUCAGAACUUAACAGUGAUGAUUGUACUUUUAGCGAGUUUAAUGAUGUGAAAGAUGGUGGAUUUGAUUUGAAGAGACAGUAUUCUGAAAAUGAAACAACAGAUUUUCAAGUUGAACAAGAUACAAAGGACAACAUCACUACUAGUCCCGAAGAAGAGGAGCAACAGAAAUUGCAAGAGAAUGAAGCAGCCAUGAAGUUGGGAAAGCCAGAUGAAGAAUCAUCAUCUAUGACUGGGUUUGGAAUUGGAUCGAGAGUUAGAAGGAGACAUUCCAAGAGGAAGAGGAAAGAGACCUUACAAAACAGGAGAUUGGGUGAUGAAGAACAGCACAAGUUUGAGAUAAAUCAAGCUGAAAAACCUGACUCUGAGGUUAUUAACAAACUAAAUCAAACUACAGAGACAGGAAAUGAUGGACAAUAUGCCAAAGAGGAAGGAGCAUGGAAGAAGAUUGGGAAAGAUCAGUUGCCACUGCUAUCUAACAAACUAAGUCAAACCAGGUGGAUUACUUUUGUAUGA